UAGAAUAACAAUAAAAUAGUGGGCGAAGUCGCCACUUGCUCAAAUCCAAACUUGAAGCGGGGAAUGGUGUCCUUGUCUUGCGCACGCGCACAAACGAGAGAGCGCUAUACAAAAACCACAGUUUACACUUUCAUCUAUUGAAAUGCACGCGGUGCGUCGUUGAGAACGAGCCACGCCGGUUUAUCUUCGAAAUAGAGAAUCCGGUCGCGCGACGUCAAACAAAAUAAACUUAAUUCGUGGACUUUAGUGUGAAAAAUUGUGAGAAUUAGUGAUAUCAGCGAACUGUUGGUGCCAGUGACCGAGCGCCAUUUAUUUAUUUUAUUGAUUGCAAAGUGAUGAGUAGUGAUUGAAAGCAUGGGUCAGACAGACGAUCACACCCGCUCGCGGCGAUCACCCGAGCUUCCACCCCUGCCACCCCCCAUACAGCCUUGCAGCGGCUUCCUCGGAAACGGUAAAUCGGUGAUAAGACCAAUUGCAUUCAAGCCAUUGGGCGGGCGCCUGUCUGCGGGCGGAGAGCGAUAUGGCUCCACACCUGUGCUCGCGAGUCGACCGCCAUCGCUUAUGACACUAUAUGGAAGUUCCUCUGAUGUCCGCGAAUCCCGUUGGUGUGGGUCCCCACAGCCAGCGUCGCUGUCCGCACUGCCACCCUCCGCGCAUUCCGCUCCGCUCCACCAACGGCACCACUCCGCGAUCGUGACCAAAUCUAGCUCCGUGCUGGGAUCGGAGACAAAGGAGCCAGUUCCAGCACCUUCGCCCGCUGACUCUGGUGUUUCCGAAUUAGAACGUGAUCAACAUGAAUACAGCACAGCAGACCGUCUACGUAGUCACGACGUCCGCCUUCGAGCACCGCGUCUCAUGUUGCAAAGCUAUGGCGGUCGAACGAGAGACGAGAGAGAUGCGGAAUUGGCAAGAGUUAGACGAGAUAGAGCACUACUGCGACAGCGGCUGGAGGACACCGAAUGGAGCUUGUGCCAGAGAGCGGGGGAGAUUUCCCUCCUCAAAACUCAGUUGAAAGAUGCUCAGAACGAACAAACUGCCAAAGGUCACGAAUACUUGACACUUAAAGCUGAUUGCCGUCAACUACGAGAGGCUAUGGAUAAAAAAGACAAAGAAAUAAUGAGACUACGAACCGAAUCGGACGAAAAAGACAAAUCAGUGAAAAGGUUGCAGGGUGAAGUAGACAGACUAACAAAAAACUUGAUGGAUAACGUCACCGAUUUAACUAAAACUAAAGAGAGCAGUAAAAACGAAAUUGAGAAACUAAAAACCGAAGUUAAAGAACUAAGACAGGAACUCUCAGACGUAUCUCUCAGCGGAUACGAAGGUAUUGAAUGUGGACGGACGAUGAGAGGAAUUUACGAUGUUUGCAAGACAAAUGAGUAUCACUGGACAUCCAGUGAUAGUGCUUUAGAAGACGCAGAAGUUCAAAGACUGAACGGUGAACUACCAGAUCCUUGUGGAGACCCGUGCGCGGCCAGUGCUAUGGUCGAGCGACUCAAGUGUGAAAUAGAAAACAAAGAGGCCCAAUUCAACAACGAAAGGAGAAAAUGGUCCGAAGAGAAAGACAAAGUACUGAGAUACCAGAAGCAGUUACAGAUGAACUACGUCCAAAUGUUCAAGCGAUCGCGCAAUCUCGAAGCGGAAAUCGACGGUUUGAGGCUAGAACUCGAGCUUUGCAAUAAGAAUAUGAAGAAUCUUAACCAACACAAAACCAUAGAGUUGUAAAUGUACCAAAUUCUAUAGAGGUUAAUAUUUAUUUAGAAAUUACUAAUGCUUUUGUAAAUAGCUAUAGCGUGUUCUUGCCUUGUGUGGUCUGGAUGGUUGUCAGUAACAAAUAAUUAUGGAAAUGUUUGUCGCGAAAAUUUCAGUUUUACUCAUUGAUAUAGUAGUAUGAUAAAUAUUAUAUUACAAGACUAUUUUCAAACAAAAAUGAAUAAUACUAAAUUAAAUAUUACUAUGCGUCUUAAUUAAAUGUUAUAGUAAUUAAUUUAUACGUAACUCUCAUGCUCUCUAUUUUAACAUAUGAUUUAGUUUUCUUAGAUCUGGGGAUAAUUAUAACGCUACGAAAUCGUAAGCAUAGCUUUGUACUUUACAGUUAGGAAAACCAAGGAAUCUUUGAAACAAUGCAGAAAUAUGAAUUGGAUAAUUGGGGAAAAACAAGGAAUAUAUAAAUCUAUAAAACAUUUCUUUUCAUUAAUUUACACGAAUACGUCAAUUUUUUCAUUUAUUUGUCCAUUUCGAUCUAAUGGAACAAAUUAUAGAUUCAAUGUUGAAGUAUUGUAACGUAAUUUUUCUACCCUCAGUUUCAAAGAUUAAAUUAUAUUUGGGGCUCUUUGUUUCAAGAAUAUUCAACUGUCAACUUUUUAAAUGUCCCAUUUAAACUAUUGUACAUUCACUAGCAUAAUAUUAAAGAAUAAACCAUAGUUAUUUUAUACGAAGAAAUCGAUAUUUUCAAAAAUAUCACUAGCUAUUGUAGAUGAUAUUAUUAAUAAUAAUUGUUUGAAAUACA